GUCUAACCUCCGGCUCCAGAUCUGCAACGUGCAUGCAUGCAUGUUGACGCAGCUUUGCGGAUUUCCACAGCUUCGGCGGGCGCCCUCUCCACAUCGUGCGCUCACCCGUAUAUGGCACACUGUGACUCCUGACUCAGACUGACUGCCUGCUCGCUCAGCAUGCAGAGGCUCCUGAGGAGGCGAGGCCCGGUCGAGUGGUGGAUCUGAAGAUGAUGAGCCGGCGGGAGGGAGGAGGAUGCAUGGAUUAAGAUUCAAGAUCCAGGAGAUGAGAUCUUGUGGGGAUGCUAUGCUAUACCACCUUCUACUCGUGACUCGUGAACACUCACACUCACACUGCAAGUCUGGAAUGCAGGUAAAGGAUGUUGUGGCUUGCUUCAACACCAUUCCCGACUUUUUCCCCCUCAUUGUAAAGCCCAGGCGAUCAGAGAGGACAAGAUGACAAUCGUGGAUGUGGCCGCGGCUCUGGAAGCGGGUUGCGUGCCUACCAACGCGCAAGCCGAACGUCUACUGCAAUCCGCACUCUCUUCCAAGGCCUUGCAAACGCAGUUGCUGAGUCCCUCUGGCUCCACACUGGUCGCGGAUUGCAGGCAAUUCAUCGAGACGCUGGGAAACAUUUUGAGAGAUCGGAAUGGCAAGGAAGAGCUGCAAGAAUUUUGGUGGAAGAGCAGGGGCGCCUUCAUGCAUCAAGCUGGAGGAGGAGGAGAGGAUGGCAAAGUGGAGGUGGGAGAAGGUCAGGGUGCGCUUGCUGAGACGUGCAAGGACACCAAAGGUAGAAGAAGCAAGGAGGAGAAAAAGCAGAGAAAGAAGCAAGAGAAGCCGAAAGUGUCACGGAGAGUCAAGAGCGAAUCUGAGCAGGCUUUCAAGCACUUGCGCACGCUGGCACGACUCUUGCUCGUCCAGCCAGAGCUACGUCACAUCAUCUCGGACGGAGCCCUGCUGCUGGCCGAAGUGCUUCAAAGGACUACCGGCACAUCUCUAGAAGAGGCCAGGGCAACCAUGGGUCAAGUCAAAUCGGCGACGGGCACAUUUCAGAAUGUGGCCUUUAGAGCUCUGGCCCAGGCGAAAGUGGGCAAAGCUGCUGCUGCUGCAGCAGCAGAUACGGCUGAUCAGGCGAGGGAGGAGACAAGGGCAUUGAAGAGCGGACUGCUUGGACGAGUAACGGAUGCUGCGGGUAAAAAGGUAGAUGCUUCGGGCGUUCCGGCCUUGCAGGCUUUGCGUGAGCAGCUGAAAGAGUACAGAGGAGCUCAAAAGAUGACGAGCGUGGCGGAUAUCAGAGGGGAGCUGUCCAAUGCCGAGUCGGUUCCUUCGUUGGACGCUUUGCAAGCUAGCCUGUUGCGCGUGGCUGCAGAGGUAGCCAGUACGCCCGCACAGCUCGAAUCGAUGAAGCAAGACGUAUCGAAUGGCAAGAUUCCUACGGAUCUGCAGAAAGCUUUGCUGGGUAGUCCGGGCGAGCAAGGAUCGAUCGACCCUACGGACCUGGUCGAUGCUGCUCAGCUCAUCGCUGUCGCCAGCCGCAAAGCUCGUUUGACCGACAGACAGAAAGUGGAGGAGAUGAUCAAGGGCACGGGAAUCGCUGCGAAACAGAAUCUCCAAGCUGCGUGGACGCCAGAGAGGAAGGAAAGGCUGGUCAGGCGCCUGAGAAAGCUCGUCGUCGACUGCCAAUCUAACCAAGAUUACAAGGACGCUCUGAUCUGGUUCAUUGAGAGAGCAGAGACGCUCGUCAGAGCUACGCAGCAAAAUUUCGAAAGACCGAGCUCAACUUUGGACGAUGCGCUCGCAGACGCUACCCGACCGCUCAUCCAAUUGCUUGAGAAUUUUGCCGGCGGGCGCUCGCUACGUGACAUUCUUUCCCUAGCUCGCAAGUUGAGCUUAGGGGCGAAGGAUGAUCCCGCAAUUCGCCAAGUGUGGCGGGACGCCGAUAAGUUGCUGAAGCGAUCUUUGCUGCAAGAAGGCUAUGCUCUCGAGCCUGCAUGCGAAGAGGCGUGGCGCGCUUUGGCUGCGCGCUUCGACAAGCUGAAUCAGCAGUACAAGGAGGAACUUGCCAGGCUAGUAGGCCAAGUUGCUGAUUUCGCGGCAGCUUUGGCCUCCGACGAGCUCCUGCACCAGCUCAGCGUGCAUCUCAAGAACAUCGUCAAGGAUGUAAGCUUCGGGAGGGAUGGUAGCAUGCUGCCCAGCAAAGCGCUUUGGCAAGAUCUCCGAUUGACCAUCUUGCCGGCCAUCUUUGACAAGAUCGGAGUGUUGCCCGUGCCGCGCGUCAAGUACACCCAUCCAGACUUUGAUCUGGUCAUCGAGAACAUUGCGCUGGAGUUGAAGAAUUUGUUGCCUUCCAUGCUGGGCAUUCGAAUGCUCAACGACGUCCAAUUCGACUUUGAGAAGCUCAAGUCCUCCUCGCACUCGCACUCUGUCAAGAUCAAGAUCAAGGGUAUGAGCAUACGCGUGCACAAGUUGGCCUUUGCACUGGAACUCCACAAGGGCUUACCCUUUCACGACAAGGGCAUUGCGGAUCUCUUGGUGGGAGACUUUGGAGUGUCUAUCUACAUUGACGUGCCAAAGGAUCCCGGACCGCACUACUUCAAGGUCAAGAAGGUCAAGGCAAAGUUGAAGACUUUGCGCAUCAAGGUGCACCAAAGCAAUCACAGGAUCCUGCACGCAUUUGCAGAUUCCAUCGUCAACUCGUAUCUGACGAAGCGCAUCCUGCGACAUUUCAUCGGCAUGGGCAUCACGAUCGGACUGAAGCAGCUGGACGUGGCGCUGAUGGCGCUCAGGUUGGAGAGGGAGGAAGAGGCGGGUAGGAUGGAUCUUGCGGAAGUUCGCAAACGUAUCGCUGAGCUGCGAGAUCUGCUUCGAAAGUACAAUGAACAGGCGGGUCAUUUGGAGAUUGAUUUCAAGAGAGAGGAGGAUCCGAACGAUGAAAAGAGGUGGCAGGAGGCGCAUGCUGUCAAGUGGAUCAAGCAACAGGUGGACACGACUGGAAAGAGAAACGUGGUGACGAACGAGUGGAGAUCCUCUGCUUUCGAUAGACUUGGAGAGGAGACUGUGCAGCCGGCAGUAUCGAAGCAGGCCAUUUUGGCGGUGGAGAAUGCUGCAGAGGGUUCGAUCUCUCAAGCAGGCCAGGUCGAGGAGACAGAGGAGGAAGCCACUGUGGCGCAGAAGCCCGAGGGUGCCACAACAAAAGGGACGGUGGAGAAGGCGCAAGAAGAGCUGGAGAGUGUAAGGAUGGAGGAGCGGCAAGCGAGAAGAGAGGCGAAUGAUCCCGAAUCGAUGAGCAGCAGAGCUGGAGCGCAAGCUGUCAAGACUCAAAGCAAGACAUCGGACCAGGUGCAGCAGCUCGAAAAGACGGUGGAGCAGCACGAUGCGCUUUAGAAUCGCUUUCAUUCACCAUUGCAGCUUGAUCAAUGUCUCAGCUUUGCUCUCGCGAUAUCGAUUGGACACGAAUAGCUUUGCCGUCAAGUGAUGUAGAUACCCUCACCAAUCCUCUCUUUUGAUAUCCCGCGCCCCCUCCCACAGCGAAGCGUGGUUGGUGCGCCUGCACUGCGACUGGGUCUGAAUGCUUGGGGUUGAGCACAUGCAGGCGCUGCGAAUGGAUGCGU